UUAAAAGAGCCGGAGCUGCGGGACACGCCUCACAUGCACCAUGUUUUCCUGGGGAGAGGACUGUCACCGGGUCUUCUGGUCCAAACGCCCCCCUGUGGACGGGUCAACAGAGGCCAGGGUUCACCAGUUUAACCCGGGUUAUCUCAUCCGGGGCCUGUCUGCGGGACACAGUGUCCUCAGCUUCAUCAAGACCAACGGAGAUGCUUUUAUCAUCCGGACACAUGAGAACAAGGAGGGAAGAAGACUCCGAGGGAAACAGAAGUUCGUGGAGUGCGGAGAGAAGAUCCAGGCUGUGAGCUGCACUGAUGACGUAGUGUCCCUGCUGACUGACAGCGGCUCGGUCCUCUGUGUGGACACCACGCGCCCCCCCUUCACACCAAGGCCGAUGAAGGAGUUGUGUAACAUACCUGUUUGUCAGGUGGCGUGUGGGAGUCAACACUCAGUCGCCCUGACUCACGAUGGCCGGGUGUACACGUGGGGUCAGGACUCCAGGGGCCAGCUGGGUCUGGGCCAGGGGAAGCCCUUCGCCAACUCACCCCAGCAGCUCCGCUCCCUGUCGUCGACCCCACUGGUUCAGGUCGCCGCGGGGGGGGAGCAGAGCUUCGCCCUCUCUGUCAGUGGAGGUGUGUUCGGCUGGGGAAGAAAUGACCGUGGGCAGCUCGGGCUGGGAGACACAACAGACAGACAGACACCAGCUCCAGUUAAAGGUCUGAACAUGAAGGGAACUGUUCACAUUUCCUGUGGGAAGGAUCACACUGCUACUCUAACUAAGGGUGGUGCUGUGUUUACGUUCGGCUCGGGGCAGUUCGGGCAGCUCGGGCACAACUCGUUCUCUGAUCAGCUCCGUCCUCGUCUUGUUGCCCAGCUGUUGGGGGCAAAGGUCACCGAGAUCGCAUGUGGACUACACCACACGUUAGUGUCCACAGACACCAAGAAGGUUUACUCCUUUGGGUUUGGAGAGCAAGGGCAGCUGGGACACGGAGGCGAGAGUCAUCCGUCUGUGCCGCUCCCCGUUCAACUGCCACAAGGCAGCAGUGAUGGUCCCAAUAUUACAAACAUCUUCGCAGGAGGAAACUGUUCAUUUGCGACAUGCUCGUCUAACGAGGAGCCAAACACUGACGGGGUCAGUAAUGCCCCACAGUCUUGUCUUGAUGACAUGAUCGACAAAUGGACGUCUGAAUGUGAUGCAAAAACCUGGAAAAAUAUAAAACAGGAAAUCCACAGGACUUUUUCCAUAGCAUCUUGUAUGAAUCAAAGUUUCCUGGAGAAAAGAAAAGACAAACAUUUCCAGACCUCAUCAAAGUACCACGGCGUGAACUUGUCGCUUGCACGACUCGCUUUCAAGAGACUGGUGAGGAAGGACGAUGUUUUGUCAGAGGUGGUGGCUGCUGUCCUGAAGCUGCUUCCCUCUUUUGAGGAUCCAGUGGGAGUGGAGGGGUUGAGGAUCUUCUUGCUUCUCAAUGAUCUUCUUCACGUGAUCCAGAAGCUCCAUCGACCACAGAGCACCGAGCUCGCUCACGCCGUUGCUGCUGCCGUUCUGAAGCUGUCUGCUGAGAACCUUCAGGUCAUAGGAAACUGGUGGACGACACUGUCAGCCUCCACCAUAUCAGCAUAUGUUAGGGUUUGGAAGAAAGCCCUCUCAGACAUGCUCUCCUCAACCUUUGAUCCUCCCCGCUCCAGAUUCAGAAAUCUGUUACAAGUCCUCCAGUACAUGUACAAUGCAAACAGCAGGACCUCAGAGUCUCAAAGGCUGCCAGACAGCGACUUCUAUUUGCUCAUGGACCCAAUCUUUCUUGGUUUGGAUCUGUGUCAAUGGACUUUACAGACUAAACGAAAUGUAAAAAAAAAGGAAAGUUGCAGUCCCUGUCUAUUCAUGUUAAAACAGAAUGGUGGCCACAUACAAUUUCCAAUUGUGAUGGAUCUGAAAUCAAAGAAAUGGAUUCUUGAUGUUUAUGCAGAAGGCAUCAAGUUGAAUAGCCCUGGACUAGAACAUCUGCUUGCUGAAGAUUCACUUUUUAAACUGAAGCUGAGACGGGCAUCCAUUUCAGAAGACACUUUUGAACAACUGGAUGCUGUUCUUCACACGGACUACAAAAAAAGACUUGUGGUCUUUUUUGAUGAGAACUUUGAGCAAGACGAUGUCAAUGUCAACAUCAGCGACUUUUUUAAUGACGUCUUUCACGAGCUGGUGUCCGACGAAUCAGGGAUGUUCAUUUUCAACGACUCCAAAACACUUGCAUGGUUCCCUUCAAAUGCAACACACGACCACCACAGGUACUUCCUGUUCGGAGUUCUGUGUGGAUUGGCUUUGCACAACCAGUGCAUCAUACACCUACCGUUCUCAAUGGCUCUGUUCAAGAAGCUGCUCGGUGUGAAGCCUUCGCUGGAGGACCUAAUGGAAUUCAGUCCAGACGUCGGAAAGAGUCUGCUGUCCAUCCUGGAAGAAUAUGGGGACAAAGAGUUGGAAAGCCUAGGCUUGGAUUUUACAAUCAGCUGGGAUGGGACAGACGUUGACCUUGAUCCCACAAACCCUGAAAAAAAUGUGACAAGUCAAAACAAGAGGGAGUUUGUGGACGCCUACGUGAAUCAUGCCUUCAACACAUCUGUGGAGAGCGUGUUUCUGGAGUUCAAGAGAGGCUUCUACACGGUUUACGACCGGGACUUGUUGAAGGUUUUGCGGCCAAAGGAGCUGAAGGAAGUCCUGCAGGGCAAAGACUUCUGUGACUGGGAAACGCUGAAACAGAACACACUUUACGAGCGGCCGUACCAGGUUGACCACCCCAACAUGCAGAUGUUUUGGGAGGUUUUUGAUGAACUAACCGAGGAUCAGAAGAAGAAGCUCCUAUGGUUUGUGACCGGUUUUGAAAGGUUGCCCAUUCUUGACAAUAAAAGCAUGACCAUCAGGCUCAAGUGCGUCGGUGAUGUCUCUCAGGACCAGUUCUACCCUGAAACACACACGUGUUACCAUUAUCUGGAUCUGCCCCUAUACUCAACCAGGGAGAUUAUGAAAACCAAGCUGACAGAGGCCCUAAGCAACAGUAGAAGAAGCUACAAGUGAGGGUGGAACUCUGCCGCAAGUAUUCUGCACUGAACAGAGGGCGGAACGUAGUGAAAACACUUUGUAAAUCGACCAAACACCAUCCAUUGUACUGUACCUGCACCUGUGUACUGGCCCACAUGACAGGCUUACAUUUCUUAAGAGGGCGAGUGGACUAAGUGGUUGUAUAAUGUGAUGGGAGAUUUUAUAUUUAGAUAUGUUUCAUGCAAGGAAUUACAGUUAUAGAUGGAAAUAUUAUUCUGAUGUGUUCCUGUGUGUUUAAGACUGAAAACAUGUGGGGGUCAGCUUGGCAGACUCAGAUGUGUAUUCGUUGGAGAUUCCUCUGUGCCUCUGUUGAGACAAAAGGUAUUCACACCUAUGUACAGGGUCAUCCAGCAGGACGGGGGUUCACUGAGUCUAAGCAGAUGCCUGAUGUUGUUGUAACUUUCGAAGGGGUCCUCAUUCAGAUUGGAGGUGACCAAAUCUAAGCUUGAAGACAACACGCAGAGAGCUGAUUGGAUAAACAUUCUACCUCUGUGAAAGGAGGGGCUUAUUUAGUAUAAAUCAAACGUGAUUCCAUUGUUCUGUGCCAUUGCCCCUAGUCUGACUAAGUGACAGGGCGCUCUGGUCCCUAGCCGCAGCUAGGUAGAAUUGUAUGAACCAGAAUUGAUAAUUGUCUUUGCUGUGAAAUGUAAUUAAAUAUUCCAUUACAAUAACAAAAACGAAUGCCUCAAAGUAAAAAAUACCUGUAUGUAGAGAAGUCUUAAAUAAAUAGGGGUGAUAAAUAUUUUUGUGUUUAUAUAGGUUCAUUAUUUAAUUCAACUGCAAACUUGACAUGGGAACUUGUAGAAAAUACAUGUGUGUGUGCACAGCAGUCACUUUCAAUGCCUAUCAUAGAUUCAUUGCUCAAACAAUUUAUUAGGGUGCCUGCAUUAACUGUAAAGAAAAGGUUCGAUUAGUGCCAAUCUGCGUAAGAAAUGUUUAUUCUCUGUGAGGCUGCGUCUGGGCGAUAAAUCAAAAAAGGAGAUCCAAUAUGCUUUGAGUGCCUUAAAUGCCGUAAAGCUUCUAAUUGAUCCAAGUCUUUCAGAGCAUUAAAAAGGAAAUUAACAGCAACUUACAAACUCUUUAAUGGCGGCCAGCAACAAAUGAGGCUUCCUCCGUCACCCCGUCUCCAUUCAUGCACUAACCAGGGAACAGGUGAUGUUUAUCCUCCUACACCAUGUGACCUGAUUGCGACCUAUUGCUCGAACGAUGACCAUUCUUAGAUAUAUGUGAUUUAACGAUAUUGAUAUUGAUAUUGUCUCUAAAGUGUUGACUGGAUUUCUCAGGUUGGAUGUAGAGCAAUAUUUAAGUAUUUUUCAUAAACGUUGGGUCUUUAGUAACAACUGCUGUCAUCCUUCGAUUGUGCAAAUGUUCAUGUGUUCACUGUUUUUCUUUUCUUUCUCUUUUUUCUAUGCUUGUUGUAUUUGGAAAUUCUGGAUUUACAUUCGUGUGGAAAAUAAUAAAAGAAAUCUGACAUUUGUUUAAAUAA